AUGGCUCUGUCUUGGACAGCAGCAGCAAAGACACUGUUGGCAGCGUUGGGUCUUCUUAGCUGCUGUAGUUUUGGCUGGUGUGAGGUCUCAAGGACUAGUAGUUCAACCUCAGGAGGGAGUAGACAGGAUCAAGGACCUUCGUCACUUGAACGAGUUAAGAGAGGAUGGGUGUGGAACCAGUUUUUUGUGGUUGAGGAGUACACAGGCACGGAGCCGCUAUACGUAGGAAAGAUCCAUACAGACUCUGAUGAAGGUGAGGGCAACAUCAAGUACACCAUCUCUGGAGAAGGGGCCGGCUCCAUCUUCAUCAUUGAUGAGCUAACAGGAGACAUCCAUGCCACAGAGCGACUCGACAGAGAAGAGAAGGCCUUUUACACACUUCGGGCUCAGGCCCGGGAUCGCCUUUCCGAUGACCCUCUGGAACCAGAGUCAGAGUUUGUCAUCAAAGUCCAAGACAUCAACGACAGUGAGCCCAAGUUCUUGGAGGGACCCUAUAUCGGCAGUGUGGCAGAGCUGUCGCCCAUAGGAACAUCUGUAAUGAAGGUUACUGCAUCAGAUGCUGAUGACCCUACAUAUGGCAGCAGUGCCAGGGUGGUGUACAGUGUACUGGACGGAGAAAAGUUUUUCACUGUUGACAGACACACAGGGGUCAUCAUGACAGCAGUGGCGGAUUUGGACCGUGAGACACAGGACCGUUACGAGUUGGUCGUCAAGGCAACAGACAUGGCAGGACAAAUGGGCGGUCUCUCUGGCUCCACCACAGUGACCAUAGUGAUCACAGACGUUAAUGACAACCCGCCGCGCUUCCCACAGAAGAUGUACCAGUUUUCAGUGUCAGAGGGAGCGGCUGUGGGGACUCCAGUUGGACGAGUCAUUGCCACAGAUGCUGACAUGGGAGAGAACACAGACAUGAGCUAUCUGAUCAAAGAAGGAGGGGAGCUCUUCAGAGUCACUACUGAUGUUGAGACACAAGAAGCUGUUGUCUCCAUUAAGAAGUUACUGGACUUUGAGAGCAAGCGCACACACAAUGUUGUGGUGGAGGCAGUAAAUAAGCAUGUUGAUCCUCGCUUUGUGGACCUGGGUUCUUUUCGAGACCAGACCAUUGUUCGAGUCAGUGUGUCAGACAUAGAUGAGCCACCCAUCUUUCAACCAGCGGAGGGUGCAAUCAUGGAAGUCCAAGAGGAUGCCAAAGUAGGAGCACUGGUUGGCAUUGUUACUGCCAGGGAUCCAGAUGUGAAGAAUAAACCCGUCAGGUUUUCCAUCGACCGGACCACAGACCAGGACAUGAUCUUCCAUAUUGACCCUGAUUCGGGUGCCAUCACACUUGGCAAAAUUUUGGACAGAGAGACUGCUGGCUGGCACAACAUCACUGUAAAGGCUGUAGAAGCAGAUAACCACACCAUGGCAUCACACUCAGCAGUGAGCAUUCGAAUUCUGGAUGUAAAUGACAAUCCUCCUGAGUUGGCUACACCAUAUGAAGCCUCGAUAUGUGAAGAUGCUAAACCAGGCCAGCUAAUUCACACCAUUAGUGUGGUGGAUAGAGACGAGCCACAAUCUGGACAUCGCUUCUACUUCACCCUGGCCCCAGAAGCCUCCAGCAAUCGACACUUCACUCUGUGGGAUGUCAAAGACAACACUGCUGGCAUCCGGACCCAACGGUCAGGCUUCAACCGCCAUGAGCAGAAUGUGUACUUCCUGCCUAUCCUGGUGGUUGACAGUGGGCCUCCUUCCCUCAGCUCCACUGGCACUCUGACCAUUCAUGUCUGUGGCUGUGACACAGAGGGAGCCAUCCAGUCCUGCAAUGCCACAGCCUAUGUAAUGAGUGCUGCUCUCAGCCCUGGGGCCCUUAUAGCACUAUUGGUCUGUAUGCUCAUCCUCAUAGUUCUUGUUUUGCUGAUUCUGACCCUGAAACGACACAGGAAGGGCCAGAGGAUGGCUGAGGAUGAGGAGGACAUGAGAGACAACGUCAUCAAGUACAAUGAUGAGGGCGGAGGGGAGCAGGACACUCAGGCAUAUGACAUGAGCGCAUUGAGGAACCUCUAUGACUUCCCAGAGGCCAAAAGCUGUGACUCUGGCCCAGACAUCCGUUCAUUACCGCAGUGGAUACAGGCUACUCGAGUGGGUGCUGGAGGUGCAGAGGGACCUGCAGCAGCAACAGCAGCCGCAGACUUCUCCCUAUUCAAAGGCUACAUCCGAAAGAAGGUAGAACAGGCUGAUGCUGACCUGUCGGUGCCACCGUAUGAUUCCUUCCAGACAUACGCCUUCGAGGGCACCAGCUCACCUGCACUUUCACUCAGCUCCAUCCAUACGCUGUCCACCACCUCGGAGCAGGAUUUUUCCUACCUCAGCGACUGGGGACCACGUUUCAGGCAACUAGCGGGCUACUACGCUCCAGGAAACCCUGAGGAAGAGGGGUCCUAGCACAGCUUCUCCUCUGCAGAGAGACUUUUAAACUCUCUCCUUUUCCUUCUUCUCCUUUUGCCUCCUUUUCUUGCCUUCUGGCACACAACUGAGAUCAGAGCCAGCACUGUGUACUCUUUAAAGACAGAGCACCACCUCUUUAUCCCUUUGAAAGAAAAUUCACAGUGUUCAACUUUGAACUCAAUUUUUUUUACACUCUUUUUUUUUAUUUUUGCAGGAGUUUUUGGACUUGAGCAUGAAAGCUCUGAGGAUGAUGUAAGAAAAGUGCAAACAAAGAGAUAUAGAGUCAUCAAAAUUGCUAUUUAGUCUGAGGGGAAGUUUUUCUCUCUGCCAUAUCACAAAUGAGAACCUUUAUUUCAAGCUAUGAGACUGUUAUGAGAGUUCAGAGUAUCAACAUGACCUAGGUAGGGUUA